GUGACGGUCCAUUUUCGAUGACGUAUUUCACAGCCUCCCACAUGAGUAGAUGCGCAUAGAGCCGAGUGAGAUUCUACAGGAGAGCGGAUCCACAUGAGCUACAGAUCGUGGGACAAGUCGAACUAAACUGCGGAAACAGAAAUAAAUAACGAGCGGGCGGAGGUUUUUAUAAAACAGACCGAGGUUUAUCAUCCGGCGUGUUCGUGUGACAUCAGUCGUGAAGAAUCAUGACAUCACCACAGUGAGCUCUCCUCCGAGUGUGAGGACAGUCUCCAGCUGCACCUCACGAUGACAGCGAGAAGCCUGUGUGCGGCGAGGAGCUUGUUGAGCGGGCUCCCUCGCAGAGCUCACGGUGUGCGGUGUCUCGGCUCCGCUUCGACCUCGAGUCAAGGACGAGCUCCUGUCAGACAGCUGAGCUGCUCCCCCGCGCUCUGCAGGGCGGAGCCUCCCUCCACAGGCCCCAGCAGUUUGUCGUUCAGGAGUCACAGCUGUGGAGAGCUGAGGUCACAUCAUGUCGGAGACACAGUCACUCUGUGUGGUUGGGUCCAGUACCUCAGACAAGACCUGUUUGUCAUCUUGAGAGAUUUCAGUGGAUUAACGCAAAUUUUAAUUCCUCAAGAAGCGUCUGCAGGACAUUUGAAAGCAGUGCUGCACGAUCUCACAACUGAGUCUGUCAUCAAGGUAACAGGAACCGUCAGAGGACGACCAGCAGGACAGGAGAACAAGGCGAUGCCAACAGGAGAAAUAGAAGUCCUCGCUGAGAACGUGGAGGUUUUUAAUGUGUGCCGUCAGCUGCCUUUUGAGAUUAAAGACUUUGUUAAAAAAUCCGAGUCUCUGCGGAUGCAGUAUCGCUACCUGGACCUGAGGUCCUCUCAGAUGCAGAGGAACCUCAGACUGAGAUCUCAGCUGGUGAUGAAGAUGAGAGAAUACCUCUGUAAUGUGCACGGUUUUGUUGAUGUGGAAACUCCGACCUUGUUCAAAAGAACACCAGGGGGAGCCAAGGAGUUUGUGGUUCCUUCCAGAGAACCGGGCAGGUUCUUCUCCCUCCCUCAGAGUCCACAGCAGUUUAAACAGCUUCUGAUGGUGGCCGGUGUCGACAGGUACUUCCAAAUGGCGAGGUGCUACAGAGAUGAGGGCUCCAAACCAGACCGGCAGCCAGAGUUCACCCAGGUGGACAUAGAGAUGUCUUUUGUGGACCAGGCAGGUAUCAUGUCUCUGGUGGAGGGAUUAUUAAAGUUCUCCUGGCCUGAAGAGAAUGGUCCACUUAAGAUUCCUUUCCAAACCAUGACGUAUGAGGAGGCCAUGAGGGACUAUGGUGUGGACAAACCUGAUGCUAGAUUCAGUAUGAAGCUGACCAACCUCAGUGAGGUUUUCUUAUCCACGGAAAUUGAAUUCCUCAGAUCAGCUCUGAGUGAUCCAGGAGGCUCCGUUCAGGCCAUCUGUGUCCCCAGUGGAGCGAAACUUUUCACUGGGAAAGAGUUGGAGGAACUGAAACAAACAGCCAAGACUCAAUUUGGGCAGGAGCUGAGUGUGGUGCUGGUCAGAGCAGAUGGAACACUAAAGUCUCCUCUGAAAAAGCUGCUGUCUGUCUCCUCCACAGAGGAGCUGCUGAGCAGGACCGGAGCCAAACCUGGAGACUUGCUGCUGAUGGCAGCCGGCUCCCUGCACACCGUGCGCACGUUGCUUGGCAGUCUUCGUCUGCAGUCUGCAGAGCUCCUGGAAUCUCACGGCGUUUCACUACGAGAUCUGUCAGCCUUCCACUUCCUGUGGGUUGUGGACUUCCCUCUCUUCCUGCCUAAAGAGGAUGAGCCAGAGCAACUGGAGUCAGCCCAUCAUCCAUUUACCGCUCCACUGCCCGAGCAUGCAGAGCUACUCUACACUGAACCUCACAAGGUUCGUGGGCAGCACUAUGACCUGGUGCUGAACGGCUGUGAGAUCGGAGGAGGAUCCAUCCGUAUCCACAAAGCCUCAGAGCAGCUGCACGUGCUGAAGAACAUCCUCAAGGAGGAUCCCAGUCUCCUCUCUCACCUUCUGGAGGCUCUGGACUCGGGAGCGCCCCCACAUGGAGGCAUUGCUUUGGGUUUGGACCGACUGGUCUCCAUCAUGGUCAGAGCUCCCAGCAUCCGUGAUGUCAUUGCUUUCCCCAAGUCCUACCGGGGUCAUGACAUCAUGAGCCGCGCCCCUGACUUUGUAUCUGAGGAGGAGCUGAAGUCUUACCACAUCUCCAUCAAAUGGCCAACAGAGCGAGGCGGAAGAGGAGGAGGAGAAGAAGAGGGGAAGUGAGGAGAUUAAGAGGGAAGGCAUGAUGAGAUGUCAGAGGAAGGGGCGAUCUCUAUGACAGCAGAGGAUAGCGGAUGAUGACAAGGAGUCAAUGACAGACUCGGUCAUCCAGAAGAAGCUGAGGAGGAGGAGAGAAGAUGAGGAGGAGGAGAGAAGAUGAGGAGGAGGUGAUGUUGUGGCUGAAUCUCAGUGUUGUUACUUUGAAAUAGAAGAGAACAUGGAAACAGCCACAGCAUUCAGUCCGGAAAUCUAACCACAAAGAGUUCAGCAGAUUAUAGCAGCUCUCCCUGAUAAUGGAAAACACUGUGGUGGUGUUUGCUCUCAAAACAACACCUCGUAUUAUCAAUGCAUCUUUGUGAGGAGAGAUUUUUCCUUAAUGGAGAGUUGUGUCAAUUAAAAAUGAUCAAUGGUAUAGCUCUCUCUUGAAAAGGCAGAGCUGUAACUCGAAUGACUCUACAGAGCUGUGUACUUCGUAUUACUUUAAUAUCAUGUGUUUUAAAGUUUCAGAGCUUGUUCUAUUUUGAAAAGAAUAAAGCUCUGGAAAAACUCUGCAGACCUGUAGUGUUUUGGGUUACAAUUUGAGUUUCAAACUGGAGGGUAUUGUCACUGACAGUACUGUGUGUCCAAGAUAUUCACAGAUAUGAUUUUUAGUCAUGUUUUUACAGACAUUGUAUAUUUUUGAAAAAAGUUGCAUCCAAAAUAAUGGAAAAGAUAUUUUCUCAUUUUGCUAUUGUGUCCCAGUCACUGAGUCAGAUGUUAAUUCACCACAUGAUACAAAGAACACUUCAUUACUCCUUACUCAAUCUUCAGUGAAUAGAAGCAUCAGCAUUUAAACUUAAAAUGUGACAAAUUUCUGGGGAAAGUCUAUUAAAAUUCAAAAUUAUACAAUUGAUAUCUCCUGUAAACCAGUUGCUUCUUAGA